UCGAACGACUCUGAAAAUUUAUAAUACGCAGGGAUGACCAGCAGAAAUAAAAAAUGAUUUGAGCAAAAAAUUAAGCUGAAAAACUAUUUUCGCUGCUUAUCACUUCUGCAGAGCAUCUGGCUCACAGUAAAUGGUCCAUCUAAGUGAAAAUGCGAAAAUGCACUUUGAUGCUUUAAUAUAGAAGAAAUCGGUCAAUAGUAAAGCCACUAAUCAACAAUUACCGGAUACAUGACCUUAAUCUACCUAGUAAGUUUUAAUGAAAUUUAAUAUAUAGCAUCUUGUGCAUAUCUGAAAUUUUAAUGCUAAAUCUAGAGCAAUCGACAUGCUUCUACUUUCUUCUGUCCUGCAAUUUUUCAAAUAUAUCAGCAACAGUGGCGGUGCCCAAGAAUGCGGAAUCUGAGGUGUCGCGGAUCAUGAGCUCCUACGUGAAGCUACUUUUACAUUCGACUUUAGGUUGGCUGGUUGCAUUAAUGAGCCGAUCAUUAGCGGUUCUUUGCCUAAAAAUUCAAAUCAUUAGUCUAGCUAUGUGCCUCAGGGGGUUGACCAAUAAACGAAGUAAAUCUGGGGAUUUUCGAAAGCUUUGUUAUCGUAACUGCCAAAGCAACGCUACUGAAUUUUCUACAGAAAGCCAUUUGAUUUGCUCAUUGAUAAACUCGUUUCUAUGAUGUUUAACAGGCACGUACUUUGUCCACUUACUUGAGAAAACUCUUUGUGUCUUAAUUUUCACUGAAAAAUGAUAUGAAGCUGAUUUUUUCGCUGAUUUAUAGAUAGACACUCCUACUACAUAGUUGUAGUUUUUCAUAGUUAUAAAGGUUAUCUACAUAAAAGAUCGAUUAAAUAUUUAGCGAGAAAGCUAGGUAUGAAAAGUACAGCUAAUUGCGUACAUAAAGGAAGACUUUCAGUUCUUUUAAAGGUGAAUUUUUAAACAAAAAAGUGAUCAAAUGUUUAAGAAUGAUAUUGAGCAAUUUUACCUGCGAGUUCUCCGAGCAGUAGAUCAAAGGUCACAAGAAAAUAAUGCAAAAGCAGCUGGGUUUUAAAAAUUCAGCCUUUCAAAUCUGAUUAGUUUUUGCUAAUGUUUCUGAUGUUUUCUAUGCAUUGUUAAAAUGGCCCUUAAUUAGCAAUUAAUCGGAAAUCUCCAUACUCCGGGCCUGUUACGUCCAUUCGCAGCAAAUUAUUUUCAUCUAGUUUGCAAUCCACUGGGGAGGUAAAUGUAACAAAAUGAUUUGCAAUAAUCGCCUCAAAUGCAGGCUGUUUUACAGCUUAUCAGGUGAAAAGUAAUUAUCAAUAUUGACGUAUUAUUUCCGCGGCUGCAUACGAAGAUAUGUUUUUGCUUUUUUGCCUUAACCAUCGGGCAGUUUUAGUAUAUAAACUAGCCAGAGCGUCCGUUUACAUAUCAAAUGGUGAACAACUGAUUUAGAAUGUUCACUGGGAGAUCAGUAUUUUUGUUAAUCCUUUUGGCAUUAAACGCCCUCGCUGAAGAUGCUCCAAAUGCAUCCUCAAAGCCGCCGUCGGACAAAAGUGAUUAUAAAAAGUCUCUGACUAGAGAUUGUGGAAAUGUGUAUACUGCAACGUGCCUGAAGCUGGAUAUUGUUUCUUGGGUGGAUAAGUUGAACGAAGAAGAUGAUUACAAUGUGAUCCCAGGAGUAUCUUUAGUGCGUGAAAAUGGAAGUGCCCGAGCGAGUACUGCUGAUAUAGUGGCGGAAUUAGCAAGAAAUUUUCCGAAUGAUCCAGACGCGCGCCUGGAUGCGUUCUUGAUGAAGAAAGUAACGUCGUAUCUGAACAGCCAUGCAGUUCGUCUGGAUAUAUUCGACAGGAAAACUGUGCAAGCAACCGGUCGUGGAGGCGGCGGAGGCGGCGGCGGUGGAGGAGGCGGAGGAGGCAAGAAAGGCGGCGGUGGCGGCGAGGGAGGCGGAAUGGGAAUGAUGAUGGCAGCUGGAGCAAUGAUGAAAGGAACCUUAAUGGCCCUGGCUUUAGGUGGCAUAGCUGCAAUAGCAGGAAAAGCCCUGAUGACUGGCUUAAUUUCUUUGCUCCUUUCCGCAAUCAUCGGCCUCAAGUCUCUCACUCAUCAAGGCCACAAAUCCACCACAUAUGAAAUCGUCUCCAAACCGAUUUACACUCAAUCUCACAGUCACUCAGAGGCGCACGAGCAUGGAGGAGGAGGAGGCUACGGCCACUCUUCUUACGGAAGGAGCUUUGAUAUGCCUCUGCCUCUUGGCUUGCAACCGGAGUACAAACCAGCUUGGUCCGUAAAUCUAGAUUUUUUUAAGAGGCAAGAUGAGCCAGUAUAUAACCCGUUACAGUUUUUGAUAAACCAUCAGAUGCAGAUCGAGUAUAGUGGAGUCAGCAUGGGUUCUAAAAUCGCAGUGGUUGUUCUAGUUUUUACCCUUGCGGGUUUCGCAUCGGCGGUCGAUGUGCCGACGAAAAGUGACCGAAGUGAAUUUAAAAAGUCGCUGGCGAAAAACUGUGACGAUUCCUAUUCGCUCACUUGCCUAAAGCUGGAUGUUGUUUCAUGGGUGGACAAGUUAAGUGAAAAUGAAGACAUCAGUGUCCUUCCAGGUGUAUCGAUAGUGCGGGAAAACAGCAGUGCCAAAGUUACCACUAGUGAUAUAGUUACUGAGUUGGCCCGUGAGUUUCCAGAUGAUCCUAAUGCCCGCCUGGAUGCAUUCAUGUUGAAGAAAGUUUCGGGAUUUUUGAACAACCACUCCAUCAAACUGAAUCUGUGGAACGCUGCUCAAGAUGAAUCCGCAGGCACUGCUCGUAAGAAGGACAAAAAGGGCGGCGAUGGUAUGGGAAUGAUUCUUGCAGCUGGUGCCAUGAUGAAGGGCAUGCUGAUGGCUUUAGCCCUUGGAGGAAUCGCAGCCCUUGCUGGCAAAGCCCUAAUGACCGGUUUAAUUUCUUUGCUGCUUUCUGCCAUUAUUGGGUUGAAAUCCCUGUCAGGUGGCGGAGGAGGACACUCAACCUACGAAGUGGUUGCCAAGCCCAUCUACAGCACCUCACAUUCCCACUCAACCUCUCAUGAGGGCGGUGGCUGGGAUGGCGGCUAUGGAGGGCAUGGAAGAAGUCUAGGGGAUGCUCCGUUGCCUUUAGCUCUGCAGCCUGGCUACAAACCUCCUCAAUAGGCUCUAUUGUGAUUUUAUCUUAGUUUUGUUUGUUAACUUAUUUAUUUUAUUUUUAAUAAAUUAUUUGUUCUGGC